AUGGCUCGUCGUCGUCAAGAAAUUGCUUUGCAAGUAGAACUUGAAACUCAAGAGGAAUGGAAUGAAGCAACUAACAAAGAAGGUCUACUAGUCGCGGAUGUUUACCAAUCGUAUGGUGGUCCUUGCAAAGCAAUGGAAGCUAAAUUUCGAACGAUCAAAAAUACGAUCGGCGAUUCUAGUUUAUUUUUUGCUAUUGCUAAAGCGGACACAAUUGAUUCGCUUGAAAAAUAUCGAGGACGAUGUGAACCAUGUUUUCUAUUUUAUGCGUCUGGUGUUCUUGUUGACGCUGUUAUUGGAGCAAAUGCACCUGAAUUACAACGAAAAAUUCUGUUGAAUUUAGAACAAGAAAAGAAAAUUCUCAAGGAUGGUGGUGAACGUCGUGAAUUUAACUUUGACCAUGGUGCUACAGAUGAAGAGGAAGACGGUGAUGCUGCAGCAAACCGCCAGCGUAGUUCAUCUGUUGCUCAUGCUAUUUCAAAUCACCACUAUACUUUGGCAGUGAUUCGACCAGAUGCUUAUGCUGACGGCAAAGUGGAGGGAAUUAUCGAUCAAAUUAAAGCAAAUGGAUUUAAAGUACUCAUUCAACAAGAACAUCAUCUUAACGAAAAUGAAGCUCGUGAAUUACAUCGUUAUAAGAUGAAUCAAGAAGGUUACGAAGAUCAUAUAGCAUGUAUGGUCAGUGGACCAUCCAUUGUUCUCAUACUUCAAAAAAACGAAGCAAAAGAUGCGAGUGUUGAUGAUUUUCGAGAAUUAGUUGAUUCUGAUGAAUCCUUGAAAACAUUUGUUGAUUGUACACAAUCGAUUGAUAAUCUUCACGAUGAACUUGUUUUACUCUUGCCAAAUAUUGCUCAACGACCACAUACACCACAAGAGCAACUUGCUGAACGAACAUUGGCUAUCAUUCGGCCAAGUGCUUUGAAAUUAUUUAAAGAUGCUAUUGUUAGUCGAAUUAUUGAAGCUGGUUUUGAAGUUACUCGUCAAACAGAAAUGCAUCUAACACGAGAACAAGCAGAAGAAUUUUAUUCGACGAAAAAAUCUGAAUCGUAUUAUGAAGAUCUUAUUCAAGAAAUGACGAGUGGACCUUCAUUAGCUUUAUAUAUGAUUAAAAAAGAUGCUGUUCAAGGUUUUCGUACGUUACUUGGUCCAACCGAAAAAAAUAAAAUUAAAGAAGCAAGUGGAACUUUUCGACAUGAAUUUGAUAUGGUCGAUAUCAAUGUUAAUUCAUUACAUGGACCACGUUCACACGCUGAAGUUAAUCGUAAUGUACAAUUCUUCUUCCCAGAAGAACGUAUAUUAGCUAUUCUUAAACCUAAUUUAACUAGUCAACAGAGAUCGGAUAUUGUGGAUGCAUUGAAAAAAGCUGGCUUCUUUAUUAUGGCACGUAAAAUGGACAAAUUGACAGGCGACCAAGUAGCUCAAGUUGAAAAAGCACAUCAAGGCAAAGAUCAUUACAAUGAACUAUUAAGUUAUCUGACAAGUGGUCAAUCAGAAUUAUUAGCAUUAGCAAAAGAAAAUGCUAGUCAAAGUUUAUCACAAAUACUCGGACCCGAAGAUCCAACUAAAGCAAAAGAAUCUGCACCAAAUAGUCUUCGUGCACUCUAUGGUAAAGAUUUGGUUCAUAAUGCUAUUGAUGUUUCUUCAGACGCUGAACAAGGCAAACAGGAUAUUCACUUGAUAUUUGGAGAUUUAGAACGAGACGAAGCCUAA